AUGCCCAGACUACAUACUCUAGCCUGCCAACCGAUGCACCCAUGUCGCCUAUUAACCAAGUCGCCCACUGCCUAUCCAAUAACAGCUCAGCUCCUGAGUGCAGGUUUAGGUUCCAUUGGGUCCAACAUAACCCAGUCUGCUCACGCCCUCUUACAUCUUGGACUGAGGAUGCCGAGUUUCCCACAACAUCCAAAAUUUGGAUUAACUCGAUUCUAUUAUGCCGAUACCAAUGGACAUAGCGCUUUGCCCAACAUAGGACUCAAGUACCUUCCUACCCUCUUCCCAGAAUUAACGCAUCUCGAUUUGUGUAUCAGCAUGACAAAGACCCGUCAGGACCUGCAUCAACUACGCGACUUCAUCAUGGCAGCGAAGGGUCUUACGCACCUUCGAUUAUGUUUUGAGAGGAGUUAUAUCACAAAACAUGAAACAGGUCCGCUUUUCGACGGAUCCUAUGUUGUCCUAAGCCAUCCUACAUUUCAUCUUCCCAGACUACACUAUCUACACAUCACGGACACGCGGAUUAGCCAUCGCAGACUAAUCCGCCUCGUCAAGAGACACGCAAAAACGCUUAGAUUUCUCCGAGCAGACGAAAAUAUGCCCCCGGGGAUAAUCAUAACAUUCGUAAAUAUGAUACUCUCAAAUGAAAUCAAGCUAGAUGAUCUUAUCAUCAUACCCUCUAAUGUCGAGGAUUCUGUGUUUAUCCUGUUCGACGACUCGUUCAAGAACAGCGACAUAUUGCAGAACCGAACCCUGGAAGAAUAUAUUGCAGUCAGCAAAUUUGCGUAUGUCCGUGGUAGGCAGCUUGGUUAUGGGAUUGAUACUUGGAGGACUGCAGCUAUCCUCGAUAGCCGACGGCUAACUGCCUUAGUGGAUUAUGCAGAUGACUUUGAAUUGUUGGAUGAAGAGAACGGAGACUGGAGGGAUAGACACGGGCUUGUAUUUCACGCUGAUCCCGAUAAUGAUGUUAUUCCGAAUCCGGAGCAGGACCCAAUCGAGGCUCGCGAGCUCGCCUCACAUAUCAAGCGGUUACGCGAAUCACCAUGGUGGGUCUAG